CGGGCGGCUCCAGAUCUCGUUGUGUUCACCCCUCCGUCCUCCAACAGCAGUCGCCGCUGCUGGAUCUUCCGCGACCCGCAUCGCCGCAUCGUUGUUAGCCGAACCUGGAGUCCUGGACAUCGCCGCAAGAUUGCUAUUUGGCCGAGUGGCAUGUCACCGUCGAUGUGCCGAAAGCGGCGUUCGGCCGUGGCUGCGUGCGGCAUGGAGCGCCCGUGCAGCAACAAGCGCCCUCGCCUUAUAGCCUCUGCUGCCAUCUCGGACGAAGCAUCUAGCUGGGCGUCUCUUCAGGCAGAUUUGGUUCGCCUGAUCGGUUCGAGGGUGUUAGCGGGCGACCUGAUGGACUACGUCCGGUUCCGGGCCGUUUGCCCCCAUUGGCGGUCUAGCUCAGUCUGCCCACGCGGCCGCGGCAUUGUCGACCCGCGUUUUCACCUGCGCCGGUGGAUGAUGCUGCCCGAAGGCAACGGCCUCCACCCUGGUCACGGCAAGCUACGUGGUUACAUCCGCUUCUUCAACCUCUCAACUGGCGACAUCGUCCGUGUCCUGCUCCCGCUUUUCAGGAACCACUGCAUCCUCGACUCAGUCGAUGGCCUCCUCCUGCUACAACGGGACGAAGACACUGUCAUUCGCCUCCUCCACCCCUUCACCGGCGACAUUGUAGACCUCCCGCCACUCGCCACCCUCAUGCGUCUUCCUAAAGCCAACUUGAAUGUGAGAAAGACCUGGUUCUAUUUCAGAAACAUCUGUGCUACCGCCGUCAGUGUUAAUGCAGGUGGAGUCAUCACUGUCAUGCUUGUACUUAAGAAGCUAGCGAUGUUAGCUUUUGCUACCUCCAGGGACCAUCAAUGGGAUGUUCCAAGCUGGAGGCUCUCGCCAACUUGGAAGCCAAUAUCAUUCCGAGGCAAGGUAUACAUGUUGGAUAAUCCCACACUUCGCAGCCCCGAUGGCCCUGGCGACACCCGGAUUGUCCAGAUCGACCCGCCCCAGUAUUAUGAGGGGAUGCCUACAGGUUCACCUACACAGAAGUUGGUUGCCACAUGCCCGAUCAGCAAAAUGCGUGCCCCUCGCUACCUGGCAGAAUGUGACUCAGAGAUCCUGGUUAUCGGGUUUCGUGAGGGCCUUUCAUGUCACCCGUUAGUUUACAGAUUAUCUGACCUUAUCCUAGACAGGGUUGUCCCGGUAACUAGUAUCGGAGGCUACGCUCUGUUCAUUGAUGAAAGGAUACUGAGUGUCAGCACUAGCGCCGUCAACAUUGCGGGCGACUCCAUUGUAAGUGCUCAUCCCAGGGAACGGUAUUUGGCGCAGCGCCAACUCGGGUGCUCCACAUGGUCACAGGCAGCGGAUGGACAUAUCGCAAUCAAUGGUGCUAUAUCGAGGCCCUAUAGCUUAAUUUACCAUAUCUACACAUGUUGCCAUCGUGCUUCUUGGAAUAAAGGAGUGAUUCGCUAUCAAUAUCACAAUCAUAACACGUGGAAGGUGAAGAGAAAAUGGCGUGAGGGGGCAUAAUAAUCUGUACACUGGAGGUGAUGGCUGGAUUUACUCUGCAUCUUUACUACCACAGAAAGGAUAUGAGUCUUAUUUGGGGACAUAUUUAUCAUGGUGUUAUCAUUCUGUGACAGAGAUGUUUCUCGUUUGCCAUAUUAUUUGACCUUUUCUGUACUGCUAAAUAUAUACUUUGUUGUUGUACAUUUGGUCAGCUCGAAAUUAGCAUGUUAAAAUAGCUGCACAACUAUAUAUUAUAGCUGUCACUGUCUUGACCAUGGAGUAUAAACUAUUGAUUUUGAUGGCUAGUGAGACUUGAGGUUUCUUUCUCA